UUGGUUCAAAGUACUUUUGCUAAAUAUAUAAACAUACAAACGUAAUAAUGAAGUUGUCUGUUAAAAUACUUCUACCUACAGUUGGCUGUUUAGCUAUGGCUCAGUCAUUUCAAUGGGAAAGACAACCACAGUUUCCAGCAGCACCUGCAGAAAGUAAAUUCCCAUGGCCACAAAACGGACCUGUGCAACUUCCCCCACAAAAAACAUCAGAAGAACCUGUCCAAGUGCUUGCAAGACAACAUGCAUAUUUGAAAUCUAAAGAGACUUCUGAGGAAUCUUUUACUUGGAAGUUUCCAGAGGAUCCUGUCGAAGAAGCAAGUCCUCAGCGUUUUGAGACUAGGCCACCUUCUCACGCUUACAACGGCGUGAUGGUUCAGUGUGGGCCGAACUCCAUUCGUGUGGAAGUCAAGCAGGAUUUAUUUGGUAUCGGUCAACCCAUCAAAACAGAAGAUCUCAACCUUGGGGGGUGCAUGGCAACGGGAGAAGAUGCUAACUCCCGGGUUGUGAUUUUUGAGUCGGAGCUAAACAGAUGUGGCAGCGUUGUAACGAUUGCUGAGGAUACACUCGUCUACGUCUUCGUCCUCCAAUACAAACCAACUGCUCUUGGCAACACUCCGAUUGUACGGACGUCGGAAGUAUCAACUUCCGUGGGGUGCCACUACCGAUGGGAAGCUUUGAAUCCCAAUACAAUGCCCUUUACCACCACCAAGGCUGUAAGGGAGCCAUUGCAGUUCUCCCUAAAAAUCAUGCUUGAUGAUUGGAAAACGGAGAGACCAACCGCUGAGUACUUCUUGGGUGACAUAAUCAAACUAGAAGCUUCUGUCAGUCAGUUCCACCACGUUCCCCUCCGUGUGUUUGUGGACCGCUGUUCAACCGUUCUUCCAGACACCACUUCCUACACAAGCAAUGCCUUCAUUGAGUUCCAUGGGUGUUUGGAUGUCAAAGUGGCAGGCUUAAACUCCCGGUUCAUGCCUCGAACCCGAGAUGACAUCCUCCAGUUCCAAGUGGAAGCUUUAACCUCUUUAAAUAAAUUCAACUUGAUCUACGUCACCUGCAAGCUGAAAGCCACCAAAGCUUCUGCUCCUAUUGAUGCUUUGAAUAAGGCUUGCUCCUACUUUGAUGGGUGGUCGGAGUCCAGUGGAAUAAACAAGGCUUGUGGCUGCUGUAGCACAGAGUCUAAAUGUGGCCCAGAGGUGCAGCAUCUGCUUCAUGCACCAGGUGUGCAGUGGGAGCAGGAAGUAUCCCUUGGGCCAAUCAGCAUCAAGGACAGGUCCCUUAACAGAGGGAAAACCUGAAAUGUUGCCUGGUGGGGGAAAUGAAUAAAAAAUUACCCAUAAAUCCAUGCUUGGUCUUCAUUGAA